AUGGCGGGCCGCACGGUGCGGGUGCAGGGCUUCCCCGCCGAGCUGCCCCCCGACAGGGCGGCCGACAAGCUGACCAUUCACUUCCUGCGCUCCCGCAACGGCGGCGGCGACAUCGCCAACGUCCGGGUGCUGCCCGGCUCCCUGCCCUGCGCCCUCAUCACCUUCGAGGCGCCGGAAGUGGCCCAGAGGAUCCUGCAGGUGAAGAACCACGUGCUGGCCAUUGGGAAGACACAGUACCCGCUGGAGGUGACACCCCACGCUUCAGAGCUGAGCCCCAAUGAGAUCUUCAUACACGUGAGCAUGACAAUUGACUAUGGCAAGCUGCCCACGGGCAAAACCCUCCUGAAGGACUUGCACAAAGAGUACAGCAAUGUACACUUCAGCUUCGACUCCAAGAACAUGCAGUGCAUAGUGCAGGGCCCAUUCACUGAGCUGCAGACCUUCAGCAGAGACCUUCUCAGCAGCCUGAACCUCAAGAACCAGGCCAGUGGCCAGAUCCUCCUGCCAGCUUCCAGCUGUGGGGCCAAGGAGAUGGGAAUGCCUGAUCAGCAGCAAGUGCCUGACUCCACUGAGCCAGCCCAAGAGGCAGCAAAGCUGCCAGAUUGCGACCAGGUGCAGGAAAUGGCAGCUAAAGAACCAUCACCUCAGAGCCCAGUGGGUGAGGAAGCUGUGGAACUUUUGGGGAAGCUGGAGGACUUUUCCCUCGCCGUGGACUCGGACAUUUACUUGUACAUGCAGAGGUUCUGUGCUGCUGAGUACCAGGGUGUGCUGCAGCAGCACCACGUGGAUGUGGUGGAUGUCAGUGGCGAUGGCAUUGCUGUGUUGUACCUCCAGCCAUCUGGAGGAGUGUCUGGGGACACAGAGGCCUUGAGGCAGGCCCAGCUGGCCCUGCAGCAGCUCUACCAGCAGCUGGAGGCGAGCCUGCGCAAGGAGAAGAUCGCUAAGAAAGGGCUGGGGAUGGACAGCCAGGCACUCAGGGCUCUGACACGUGAGCUGCAGGAGCUGUAUCCCCAGCUGCUCUGCCAUGAGGACGUGAAGCAGCUUUAUCUCGUUGGAAGCCUGGUUGAUGUGUGCAAGGCCAAGCAGUUCCUUGAGGAUUCUGUCACCAGGAGAAGUGCUGCGCGCACGGUUGACACGCUGAGCAGCUCCCAGCCCUCUGGCACCACAGAGGCUGCACCACUCCUGGGCAAACCUCCUGUGCAUCCUUCACCCACAAGGCUUAGCCCAAGCAAGCAGGAGCAGAAAGGCUGCAAACCCUCAGCAUCCAGCCCUGUGCUGAGACGGUCCAACAGCUUCUCCCUGUCGAGGUCAAAGGAAAGCAGCAACUCUGGAGACAUCAGCAGGGUGAGUGAGGAGAUAAGCCUGGACACUCUGCAGUGGUUUUACCUGAAAGAUGUGUGCCAUGCUGCUAUUGAUGAGCUGUGCAGGGCUGGAGGGGUGCACAUCUCGGAGCGCCACGCCGGCGACUGCACGGUGCUGAUGCUGCAGGCAGAGGACAGGAGAAGGCUGCUCCAGGCUAAAUGGAAGGUGGAAGAUCUAGUGCAGAAGUGCCCUGACUUGGUGUGCCAGAGCGUGAGCUACUCAGAGCUUGCUGUCAGUGGGCCAGAUGACAGUGACCUGAGUGAACUGUGCAGCCUCUUGCGGGGAAAAUCCUUCCAGGUUGGACUCAGCAAAGACAAGUACAAGCUCUACCUUGCCUGCCCCAAGGAGAUGCUGCCAGGAGUGAGUGAGGCCUUCCAUAUGUUUUCCUCUAGGAGGCUCUGUGCCAUGAAGUCUUCAUCCCUGUCUCCUGGACCAGAGAGUACAGGGAAAUUGAGUGUCAUCCAGCCAAGCAGAAGCCAGGACCCAGUGCUGGAUGUGGCCCUUCCUGGUGGCCUGAGUUCCCCACAGCACCUGAACAUCAUCAAUAAAAUGGACUCUCCACAUGUGCUCAGGGCUUCCUGGCUGCCAGAGGCUGAGGAAAAGGGGUCCCCCAGUCCUUGGAGGUACCAGCAGGCUUGGGGGCAGGAGGAAGCCAGGGGCUGUGUUGAUUCUGGGGCUGGCAGACGAGGAAGCAGCCUGCUGAGCCUUGGCACAGGGGAUAAGCAGAGCCCUCCUGGCCUGAGGGAGUUCCAGGAACAGCGCAAGACAAAACUGACCCUGGGGGAGCCCGACAGCCCCCGGCUGAAACAAGUCUUGCCAGACAGGUUCCAGUUUGCAAGAGACAAGAGCAGAGGAGGCCACAACGAAGCAAUGGGACAGCAGCACUGUCCAGUCCCUGCAGCUGGUGAAACUCCUCACUCUAUGCCCACCUGGCUACCCAGGGCUGUGGCUGCUGAGCCAGCACCAGCUGUGGCCCAACAGGCACCUGCAGCAGAGCCCACAGAGCAGGGAAGGGCCCAGCUCCCAGGGGGCAGGAGCAACGAGCAGGAGGAGCCUGAGCUCCCACCACAGCAGAGAAGAGAGCCCAGCCUUGGCCAGGAAAGCAGCACCAUCCCUCUGGAGCAGUGUGAUGCUUGCCAGGCCUCAGGGGUGACCUGCCAGGGCUCCUGUGGUCACGCCUUGUGCAGGACAUGUUUUGCAGCAGACAGUUUGCAGCCAGCUUGCUGUGAGUCCUCCUCAGAUAUGCCAAGCUGCAAUAUCCUGGGGACACUGAAGAUCUCCUCCCUGUCCCAGAGCCUGCCUGGAUUCUAUCCGGACUCAACAUUUCAGCUUGCUUACAACAUCCCUGAUGGAGUGCAGGGGGUUGGGGACCCUCGCCCAGGACACCCUUACAAAGGGGGGAAUUUUUGUGCCUUCCUGCCUGAAAACACAGAAGGGGUGAAGAUAGCAAAGCUGCUGAAGAGAGCGUUUGAAUGUGGGCUGACAUUCCAGAUCAAGUCCUGCAAUGGAGAGGAAAGAGUAACAUGGGGCCCUAUCCCCCACAAAACCUCCUGGGAUGGAGGCAAAGCCAGGAAUGGCUACCCAGAUGCCCAGUACCUCCAUGAGGUUGGCACAGUCCUCAAUAAACUGGGCCUUGUGUGAUUCUCCCACAGCCUGUGGCUUCCCUUCACCUUCUUUUCCUGCUGAGAACUGCAGCUUCACAGAGACAGCUCAGGAAGAAGCAGGUGUUUGUUGAAAGAGCUCCUGCUUUCCCCACACGUAGCCAGAACUCUGCACUUUAGCAAAGAGCAGCACCUCUGUCCCUGCCCCAUGCAGGCCUCAGUGCUUGCCAGAAACUCCAGCUCCUCUUGGAUGCAUGCCCUGAAAUCACAGAGCUGAUUGCAGCCUGAGUGAGCCCUGUUUGGCUUCCAGCAGCGGACACAAACCUGGGCAGGAGUUUGCAUCUCAUCCAGCCCCAGCUUCUGGAAGUUUCUUCCACCUCCUGCCCCUACAGAGGUUCCAGCUCAGCUGCUGCCAGAGCUGGGGCUGGAGAUGAGCUCUCCUUAGUGUCAGCUUUCAGGCCCCUGCUCUGAGGCCAGCAGGUGACCUGGGGCUCUCUUGAGGAGAACAUUUAACAGCUUUCAGCAGCUGCCUCCUCCCAGGGACAGUCUCCAUGCUGACAAAUAAACAGGAUUUAUUCUCA